AUGUCAGCUGGGCAGAAUUUGAGCCUUCAAUGCCAGAGCACAACUGCUAAUAAGCUUCGAUGGAUGCUGCCAAUUGAAUCGAAUCUCGAUUUGGAAGGAUUUAGUGAAGAGGAUUUCCAAAAGAGAGUCACUGUCGAAAAAGAGGAUGAACGGAGUCAAUUGUUCAUUCGAUCCCUGGAGCAGAGUGAUACCGGGACAUACUCGUGUUUGGACGACAAAAACCACACUGAUUUUGUCUAUGUUUUUGUGGAAGGUUUAUAUGAUUUUCUAAAGCCCAAAAGUUAUACACUCGAUGUGACCUCAUCAAAAUUUCUUCUUCCGUGUCGAUACGCGCAAAUCGGUCAUUGGCGAGUUUGGCCCUCUUUGUUUGUGGACGGAGAGGAAUGGCUGAAAGAUCGUAAAGAGCGAGAUGCUGUGACCUUUGACUCACGAUACGGCUUUGAAAUAGAUUUGGUGAAACUGAACAGGAGUUUACCGAUGGGUAGUGGCCGGUUCCGCUGUGUGGCUUUAAAUGGCGAUGAAGUUGAGUGGUUUGUGCGGUUUGCUUCAAUGCCCGUGAACUCUGUGUCAAUGACGAUCCCACAAUUGGAGGCUAUUGCUUUGGCGUUUAACAAACGAAAAAAUGUGACUGUUCAAUGUGAUCUGCGAUUGGACAAUACUACGGGCCAAUUUGAAAAUCAAUUACAAAUGCAGUGUCCUCGAUGCAGGGAAGAAAAUGGACCAAAGAUUCAAAAAGAUGUGCAAAUUCAUGGGAAUUCGACGCUCUUCUCAUUAAGUGUGAUAUUUGAGGAGGUUAAAUCCGACGAUUAUGGUCUAUACACAUGUUCUUGGCCUCAAAAAGUGGUCAACCAAUGGGAUGCAAAGACUCAACAAACGUCUCCAUUCCGAAUCCUUUCCCCAUUAUACAGAAUGCACUUUGCCCCACACGCCGAAGUGUUGACUGUUUUUGAAGGAGAGCCCAUCAGAAUAAAAGCAACGAUUCUCCCGAUAGCGGUCGACUUCGUAAACUACACCUGUACAUGGUCGUACACAAGAUAUGUCGAUGUUGGAAGACAAAAAGUUUCCUCUUCGUACGAAACGGCAAUGGUGGAAUGUGGCAAUAGACCAUAUCUGAAGGUUGAUGAAAAUGGCAGAGUGGAAAGUUACACCGAAGAGCUCUUCAUACCGAGUCACAAACUAGCUCCUGGUGGAACCUAUGAAAUCUCAUUUCUUGUGAGCGAAGAGCGCUAUCAAUGGAUCGCCUGGAAAGUCAAAGUCGACACUCCAGUGAAAGAUUUUACUUUCAACGUGCAAUCCUCCGCUCAUUUCGUUCAAUUCGAUAAAGUGUAUCACGUGAUUGGCGCAAAGAUUCGGCUUGGCUGUCAUUCGAGGGGUCACAUUGACAAGAACGAAAAACUUCACUUAUUUUAUCAACGAUCGAAUAAAAUCGUCCCAGCAACAAGUGUGACCGGAGCGGAUGAUGUUUUUUGGAACACGGCCGUUCACGAGGAUCUCAUUGUUGUUUGCAAAAUUGAUAUCUUCCAUCAAGGUUCAUUUCAUCUCCGAGUCGCCGGUCAACGUCCAGCAGUUUGGAUGAAAAGGGAUCCAGAAAUUAGCGGCGAGGAUCCAAACAGAGUUUAUCGGGGCGAUGAUAUCACACUAUUUUGCCGAGUUCACAUGUUGGCUGACAUCUCAAUGUUUUGGAUUUACAACAAGACAGUGCUAGAUGAAGGCAGCAUUGUGCAAAGCAUUGACGGGGAUUCAGUGCUCUUAAAAAUGACAAUCAAAAAUAUUUCGACAAAUAACUCUGACUGCAAAAUGACUGGAGAUCCGACUCCUUUAAUUUCAUGGUCCAAGAAUGGGAUUGCAAUGAGGGAUAGUGAAAGUCUUCUUGUAAAUGCUUCAAUUGUUCUUCCUAAAGUCGACACCGAUGAUAGUGGAGUCUAUGAAUGUGUUGGGAAGAAUCGAGUGGGAGAAGUGCGACGGAGCAUCUCUCUUGAGGUCAAAGACGAUAAAAGAAGACGUCUAAUGCUGGCAUUCGUUGCUCUCUCCAUUAUCUUUCUCAUCUUGCUCGCAUGUGUGCUCAAUUUUGUUAUUUUGUGGAGAAGACAGAAAGCUCGAGCUCGAAAUCAAGAAAAUGCUUUCCGAGUGCUGUACGAUGAUUUAAUAAACGGAGGAACCAUUCCAGCUCAAGAUCGAAACAAGCAGAUUCCCCUCGAUCAACAAAUCAAUCAAAUCGUUUACGAUCGUUCGAAAUUUGAAAUUUCAUGCGAUGAUCUUCAAAUUUCUGCUCGAAAAACGUUGGGAAGUGGACAGUUCGGGAAAGUUUCAAUGGGAUUUUUGAAGAAACCGAAUCAAAUCAAUAAUUUCACUUCCGAAACUUUAAAGGUCGCUGUUAAGGAACCAUUUCACGCAGCCUCAAUCCGACAACACAUCAUCAACAUUCAAAUGCUGGCCGACGAGCUGAAGUUGAUGUCCUUAAUUCCACCGCAUCCGAAUGUGCUCACUCUGAUUGGAGCUGUCACCGAUCAUCUGACUAGUGGUCGUCUCUGUGUUGUCACGGAGCUAUGCGCCCAUGGGAGUCUCGAGAAAUUUCUGAAAAACCUCACACGCAACACAUUUUGUAAUGAAUUGAGAAAGGCUCAAAACAGUGAAUACGUGGAACCGGAUCGCAAAAAUAGAGGAAACACAGUUGAAUUCUCAAUAAUUAGGAAAAUGUCUGUGAAUGUAGUUACUGACGGCUAUAUUCCGUGGACUCAAGUUGAAAGUCAAGAAGAAAAGCAUGAUGGAGACGAGAAGACACCAAUUCUUCAGACAUUUCUAUGCUCGACAUCCGAUCUUUUAUCGUUUGCGAUGCAAAUCGCUAGCGGAAUGGAGUUUUUGAGUGAAAUCCCGUGCAUUCAUCGAGAUCUGGCCGCGAGAAAUAUUUUAAUCACAGAGAAAAACAUUUGUCGAAUCGCUGAUUUUGGAUUGGCAAGAAGUGCUAACAAAUCUUAUUAUCGAAAAGACUUCGAGAAGCAUAAAAAUGAUCUUUUACCUUUGCAGUGGAUGAGUCCGGAAUCGAUUGAAAGCGGAUAUUACACACAAGCGUCUGAUGUUUGGUCGUACGGAAUCCUUUUGUACGAACUAUUCACCCUUGGCGAUCGUCCAUAUCCGGGAAUUCCGCUCGAGGAAAUUUAUAUGCGAGUUCGAAAUGGAGAACGAAAUAAAAAGCCCGAGUUUGUACAUGAUGAUCUGUACAACUUUAUGCUGAAAUGCUGGGAUUCAAAGACAAAAGAGAGACCGUUGUUCAAGGAUUGUGUUCAAAAAAUGCGAGAACAUCUCGAGAUGGUGUUGCCGGGGAAAGCCGAAGAAAUUGAGGGAAAGCUAGCGAGUGAAGUUGAUCGACUCAACUCGUAUUCUGAGUGGAGAAAUGGAAAUACAGGAAAUUCAUCAGAAAACAAGCGAGAGAUCGAAAAACAGGAGAGAAGAUAUCAAAAAGAUAAACAUUUAAACUUU